AUGCCGUCUGGGCCGGACUCCUUGCGAGGGUCUUAUGUCUUACUCACGUCGGCCACGGAGAACGAGAGCCCACAGUCCUCGGGAGCGGGCCCCGUCGGUGGCAGUGCUGGCCCCAGCAGACCUGCCCUAGAGGCCGAGCUCAGGGAGGUGUUGGGGAAGAGGAUCAUGAUUCUAGAUGGAGGGAUGGGCACCAUGAUCCAGGAGAGGCGAUUGGAGGAGGAGCACUUCAGGGGGGAGGAGUUUAAAAACCACACCCACAGCCUGAAGGGCAACAACGACCUGCUGAGCAUCACCCAGAGUGACGUAAUCUACAACAUUCACAAGGAAUACUUGCUUGCCGGGGCAGACAUCAUUGAGACCAACACCUUCAGCAGCACCUGCAUCGCCCAAGCUGACUACGGACUGGAACAUUUGGCCUAUCGAAUGAACAAGGUGUCAGCAGAGAUAGCCAGGAAAGCAGCAGAUGAUGUCACCAACCAGACAGGUUGUAAAAGAUACGUGGCGGGCGCUAUGGGCCCCACCAAUAAAACCCUGUCAGUGUCCCCCUCCGUGGAAAGACCUGACUUCAGGAACGUCACCUUUGAUGAGCUGGCUGACGCCUACACUGAGCAGGUCCGGGGCCUGUUGGAUGGAGGAGCGGAUAUUAUCAUGGUGGAGACCAUCUUUGACACGGCCAACGCCAAGGCAGCACUGUUUGCGAUCGACAAACUGUUUGAAGAGAGCUACGAACCAAGACCUAUAUUUAUAUCAGGCACCAUAGUGGACAGGAGUGGGCGUACUCUCUCAGGACAGACAGGAGAGGCCUUCGUCAUCAGUGUGUCCCAUGCCAAACCUCUCUGUAUCGGUCUUAACUGUGCCUUGGGAGCCACUGAGAUGAGGCCUUUCAUUCAAGCUAUUGGGAAAUGCACCACUGCUCACGUCUUGUGCUACCCCAAUGCAGGUCUCCCCAAUACCUUUGGGGGAUACGAUGAGACCCCAGAGUUGACAGCCUCACAUUUAAAGGAGUUUGCUACAGAUGGUCUGGUGAAUCUGGUUGGUGGAUGCUGUGGAACGACUCCUGCACACAUCAGGGCCAUUGCUGAGAAAGUGAAGCACUGCCAGCCCAGAGUGCCCCCUGACGUCUUUCAGGACUACAUGCUACUCGCAGGUCUGGAGCCGUUCAGGAUCGGGCCGUACACUAAUUUCGUGAACAUCGGCGAGCGUUGCAACGUGGCUGGAUCGAGGAAGUUUGCCAAGCUGAUCAUGUCGGGAAACUACGAGGAGGCGUUGAGCAUAGCCAAGACCCAGGUGGAGAUGGGAGCCCAGGUCUUGGACAUCAACAUGGACGAGGGGAUGCUGGAGGGUCCUGCCGCCAUGGCCCGGUUCUGCUGUCUCAUAGCUUCAGAACCUGACAUCGCCAGGGUGCCUCUGUGUAUAGACUCGUCUAACUUCGAGGUGAUCAAGGCGGGGCUGAAGUGUUGCCAGGGGAAGUGCAUCGUCAACAGCAUCAGUCUGAAGGAAGGAGUGGAGGAGUUUCUCCAGAGAGCUACGACUGUCAGACGCUACGGGGCUGCUGUGGUUGUAAUGGCUUUCGACGAGGAGGGUCAGGCCACUGAGACGGAGCGUAAGGUCGAGAUCUGCAGCAGAGCCUAUCACCUCCUGGUAACUCAAGUGGGCUUUGACCCUAAUGACAUCAUCUUUGACCCCAACAUCCUGACCAUAGGCACGGGCAUGGAGGAACACAGCGAGUAUGCCAUCAACUUCAUCAGAGCCACCAGGCUCAUCAAGGAGUUGUUGCCUGGGGCCAGGAUCAGUGGCGGCCGUCCAACCUGCCUCUCCUUCAGAGGCAUGGAGGUCAUCAGAGAGGCCAUGCAUGGAGCCUUCCUCUACCACGCCAUCAAGGAUGGAAUGGACAUGGGCAUAGUGAACGCUGGCACGCCUGUCUAUGACGAUAUUGACAAGGAGCUCCUGCUAAUGUGUGAGAACCUCAUCUGGAACAAAGACCCGGAGGCCACAGAGAAACUACUGCUGUAUGCACAGAGCUGUGCCAAAGGAGGGAAGAAGGUGGUCCAGACGGAUGAGUGGAGAGGGGGAACAGUGGAGGAGAGGCUGGAGUAUGGGCUCAUCAAGGGUAUAGAUAAGUAUGUGGUAGAGGACACAGAGGAGGGGGCCCAGGCUGAGCGCUACCCGAGGCCCCUACACGUCAUCGAGGGCCUGAUGAACGGCAUGAAGGUGGUGGGGGACCUGUUUGGAGCUGGGAAGAUGUUCCUACCUCAGGUGAUAAAGUCAGCACGUGUGAUGAAGAAGGCUGUAGCCCAUCUGAUCCCCUACAUGGAGAAGGAGAGAGAGGCCAUGCAGCUGGCAUCAGGAUCAUCAGAGGAGAUGGACCCCUACCAGGGAACCAUAGUGCUGGCCACAGUGAAGGGAGACGUCCACGACAUCGGAAAGAACAUUGUAGGAGUGGUGCUGGGCUGCAACAACUUCAGAGUGAUAGAUCUGGGGGUCAUGAUUCCAUGUGACAAGAUACUGAGGGAAGCCAUCAAAUGCAAAGCAGACAUCAUCGGUCUGUCUGGCCUCAUCACGCCCUCGCUGGAUGAGAUGAUCUACGUUGCCAAGGAGAUGGAGCGGCUUGGGAUGAAGACCCCGCUGCUGAUCGGAGGGGCAACCACCUCCAAGACCCACACGGCCGUGAAGAUCGCUCCCCGCUACAGCUGUCCUGUGGUGCACGUUCUGGAUGCCUCUAGGAGUGUGGUGGUGUGCUCUCAGCUGCUAGAUGAGAAUGUGAAGGAGGAGUUCUUUGAGGAGACGACAGAGGAGUACGAAGACGUCAGACAGGACCACUACGACUCUCUGAAGGAGAGACGCUUCCUGUCUCUAGCCCAGGCCAGGGAGAAAGGACUACAUGUGGACUGGCUUUCUCAGGCCAAACCAGGUGUGUCCUCAGUCCUGGGUACCCGUGUGUUUGAGGGGUAUGACCUGCGGAAGCUGGUGGACUACAUCGACUGGAAGCCUUUCUUUGAUGUGUGGCAGCUCAGAGGGAAGUACCCUAACAGAGGCUACCCCAAGAUCUUCAAGGACAAAACCGUGGGUGACGAGGCUCGGAGGGUGUUUGACGACGCUCAGCGGCUCCUCAACAGACUGAUCGAUAAUAAGGGUCUCUGGGGGCGUGGCCUGGUGGGCUUCUGGCCCGCCCAGAGUGUAGGAGACGACAUCCAGGUGUAUGAACAUGACGUCACACCUCGCUCCGCCACGCCCCUCGCCACCUUCUACGGACUACGCCAACAGGCAGAGAAGGACAGUGCCAGCUCAGACCCUUACUACUGCCUGUCUGACUUUCGUGGCCCCGAAAGGCAGGCUGCGCGUCGGAUACGUGGGGAUUUUUAUGAGUUGGAGCAGAGGAGCUGA